AUGUACAGCUUUAGUUGUGAAUAUAUUGCUCUGCAUGUUCUGCAGAACGUGGCUGUGAGCUCUGGCACUGGGCAGUCAGAUUUUCAGCACCUGGAGAACGUUUUAUCUGCUGUCCCUCAAGUUCGUUAUAUAUGCCUGGAUGUGGCUAAUGGCUAUUCUGAGCAGUUUGUCCAACACGUGAAGGAUGUAAGAGCCAGGUUUCCUAAACAUACAAUCAUGGCUGGAAAUGUGGUUACUGGAGAGAUGGUGGAGGAAUUAAUUCUUUCAGGUGCAGAUAUUAUCAAAGUUGGAAUAGGACCAGGGUCUGUCUGCACCACCAGAAAAAAGACAGGUGUUGGAUACCCACAGCUAAGUGCAGUCAUUGAGUGUGCAGAUGCAGCACAUGGGCUUAAUGGCCAUAUUAUAUCAGAUGGUGGCUGCGCUUGUCCAGGAGAUGUUGCAAAAGCCUUUGGAGCUGGAGCUGAUUUUGUCAUGUUAGGGGGGAUGCUGUCUGGACAUACAGAGUCUGGAGGAGAAACCAUUGAGAAGGAUGGAAAGAAAUAUAAGCUUUUCUAUGGCAUGAGUUCAGAAACCGCAAUGAAGAGACAUGCAGGUGGAGUGGCAGAGUACAGAGCUUCUGAGGGGAAAACUGUCGAAGUUCCUUUCCGGGGGGAUGUUGAAGAAACAAUUAAAGAUAUACUUGGAGGAAUUCGGUCUACCUGCACAUACGUAGGGGCAGGCAAGCUGAAGGAACUAAGCCGCAGGACAACCUUUAUUAGAGUGACCCAGCAACUUAAUCCCAUGUUCAGUAACCCUUGA